AUGGCGAAGGCUACCACGAAGAACCCGCCCACGAAGAAAAAUGUGCCCAAGAAAGAUCCCGCUGCCAACCCCGCGUUCAAGUGGCAGAUGGGAGGGCUGAUCGCGGGCAUCAUCGUGGCUCUCGCUUCGACGACUGAACCAGGGAGACAGGCGCUGAGGUCGGUUGGUCUGGAGGAUGUGGUUCUCCACUACACGAGAGGAAAGUCACGCUCGCCCAAAGCCCGAGUGGAUCAGCAGCCGCUGCCGGAGAAGGCGGUGGAGGUGAUCCCCUCGGUGUGCCUCACACAGCCGUGCAAGGUCAAAGUUUUCCACAACGGCGAGCACGAGGGGGGGAAGAGCUUCACGGUGUCCCCGGCGGAUGUGGAGGGCCUGCAAGACCUCGGGGAGUGGCUAGGGCCCAAGAUGGAGUGCGUUAGCCAGGGGAUGAGGAGAGACGAGCCGAAGUACUGCAAGGUUUUCAACAGGGUGGGAGUGCGCGUUCCCUCCAUGGCCUCCGUGGAAGACGGGGAGACGCUCUACGUGGUCCCGCAGAACCGGAACUUCGUGUGGCCGACCGUCAAGAUCGGCCGGAAGGUGACGGUGCCGCACGUCAAGUCCCCGCUGGGCGCGGAGGUUGUUCUGGAGACCCUCUCGCACUCCCCUCGAGUGUUCUCCUUGUACAACUUCAUGGACAUGGAGGAGGCCGACAGCAUCAUCGAGGACGCCCUGGGCAUGACGCAGGAGGCCUACCGCCUCAAGCGGUCCUCGACGGGCACGAAGGGCAAGGCCAUCAGCAAGACCCGCACCAGCGACAACGCCUUCGUCACCCACACCAAUACCGCUCAGGCCUUGAAACGGCGCAUCUUCCAGCUGCUGGGGAUCGAGGAGUACCACGAGACCUGGGCCGACGGGCUUCAGGUGCUGCGGUACAACGAGAGCCAAGCGUACGUCGCCCACUUCGACUACCUCGAGAGCGCUGAGGGGCACGACUUCAAGUCGGAAGGGCUCGGAACCAACAGGUUCGCCACGGUGGUGCUGUACUUCAACGAUGUGAGAGAGGGAGGAGAGACGGUCUUCACGCAUGCCCCGGGCAUCGACCACCACCUCGUGCCCGACACAAAGGUUCCCGUUCGAGAGGUGCUUGAGAACCUUGACCUUCCGCGGAGCGGCUGGGAGGAGAAGCUCUUGCUGCAGUGCCGACGGCACAUGGUGGUGGCACCCAAGAGGGGUCAGGCGGUGUUGUUCUACAACCAGCACCCGGAUGGGAGGAAAGAUCUGUCCAGCGAGCACGGUGCUUGCCCGGUGAUCGACGGCCAGAAGUGGGCCGCCAACCUGUGGGUAUGGAACGGUCCGAGGUACGGUCUCUCGAGCGUCGACCCUGAGACCGGCAGGACUGUGGACAAGGCGGGCAACAACAUCGUGCCCGACCCCACCUUCCAGGUGCAGGCAGCGUUUCUGAACGAGGACGUCGAGGGGGCAUCCCUGUGGUUCGACGGGAAGCAGCUGUGGAUGGACAGGGACUGGAGGAUCGGAGAGACGUUCAAGAUCAACACCUUCUUGACUCACCGAUGGGUAGUCAAGGUCAACGGCGCCGAGGUCAAGACCUGGCUCGUCAGCGAAAGAACAAAGGACCAGAGCUUCGUACUCUCGAAGGCGAGCUUGGCGUGACCCGAUCUAUAUGCCAGGAGUCACGCAUCGGCGUUGGGAGGGUAAAAGUACUACGGAGUUUGUCACAUGGCACGGUGGGCAUGCAGGGACAGCAACAGUUUCUUCUUUUCAAGUUUUGUCAUCUGCGAGUAGGGGGAAUUGCGGAGCUGUAGAAGUAGCAGCAGUGCUGUGUGCAUUGCGAGACAAGUCUGGGCGUUGCGCGUGUUGUUGCGAGCUGGAGGAAACAGGGAGAAGCAGGACCGACAACAGCGGCCUUUUUUGGGCAUUCCGAGAGCAUUGCGAGUACUGUGUGGUCUCAAACGCCGGGGUAAUGAGGGCUUUGUCAUGCUCAUGGAGUGGCGUGACGAGCUAGAACGUUACGACGGAUCAGAUCAUUUGUGCCCUUUCCUGCUCGCUUUGUGGGCACACCUACGACGUGAAGAUUGACCACGAGAAAAUACUGGGGGCGUUUUGACCUUCCUAGGACAAGCACACACCAGCCAUUGUUGAUCUCCGGGUCGCGUCGCGUUGCACUUGGGUCAGCGUGUGCCAGCAUGACCGGCAAGCGGGCCUCGCGGCCGCGGGACGCGGGGAAUUGUAGCGCGGGAGUGUGUAUGUAGAGCAAGUGCUUGAAUGGGUUGUCCCCUUUUCGUGAUCGCAGUUCGAACACCGUUCGGGGAUAGGCUUACCCUGGUUGUAUCCUUGUGUUCGUCCGUGGUUGUUUGUUUGUGUCUUCGAUCUUUUCCUUGUCGAAUAGGUUUGCAUGUUGCAAUUGAUUCGUUUUUUGAGUAUCCUCACAUUGUGCGAAUGUUGAAAUCAAGCAUAUGGUACUGUAGUCUCUGUGACCUUGUCCCCGACGGCAGUAUGCCACCAACUGGAGUGUUUUCUUUUGGCGGCAAGCAGCGUGGGAAACGAGACAAUGCGCCGGCCGUUUCCUCGUACGAUGAGUUCAGAAUCUGCCUCAAGGACAAGGUUUUCCUCUGUUCCGGCAGCCGUACGAUGGCGGUGUGAAUUGAAAGUUUUUUCACUUGCGGAUCAUAAGCAAGCGCGGUUUCAACGAUGCACCAACGACCAAAAAUCGCGAGGCUGAUUGAGAAUGGGGGGUUUCUCGAACUGUCAUGGGCCUCUUGUGGUUGAGUGCUCUGUGUGGGCUACCCUUUUCUAUGUGGCCGGCCUAGGGGCAAAGCCACAAGGGAGACCACAGGGCGACACAAGUCAGUCGCCCCAUGAGAUGUCAUGUAGGUCUGUGGAGUUGCGGGGUGGUCCUCGAUAAGCAUAAGCAUGCCCCCCUCAGGCACGGCUUGGGGGCUGAUCGGUCAAGAGCAAUACGCCAUGGUAGCCCACCUUUGUCAUCGUGUCAUCUCGCGCCUGUUUCGUAAUAUCCUCGCACUCUCAUUCACACGCUUGGACGGGGU